AUGGUGUGUUGUGAAAGAUUGAUUUUUUGGAAAGUUAACCUCACCUUGACAUUGAUCAUUGCAUGCCACAUGACAAAACAUAAGAGUACAAGACGAGAACCCAUGACCUUUAUGUUUGCUCGAUGGAAAUGCCAGCUGAUUGUAAUUUUUAAAGAAUCUGUCAAGCAUGUGAAACCCUAUUAUGACAUGACAAUGUUUCUUUUUUUAGAAUUAUGCUCCAUACACAUCUCUCUCUAUCUUCUCUGUAACUUCCAUCCAUGUAAAAUAGAGAAUAGUUCAAGGGGGCCAACAGAGAAUCUGAGAUUGAGUUGA